AUGGGGACGCGCUCAUGCUCGCUAUUUCUUAUCACUGUAGCUCUCACGGCUCUGGGAGUAACUCACGCGAAGGCAGGAUUCGAAGGAUUCGAAGGUCAUUGGAAACGUUCAUCGCCAGGUGGUCCUUCAACAUUUGUGGUUCCCUUGGCGGUGGACAAGACAGGAAUAUAUCAUUCCGCCGUUCGUAUGGGGUCCGACAACCAACAGUUCAACUUUUCAUUAUCGGGUUCGACUGGUUACACCGUAGUCGCAGGGGAUGCGUGUAAUGCAUGUGGAGAUCAAAACCCUCUAUAUUCAUCAAGUAACUCAUCAUCAUUCCAAUCGAUGGACGAACGCAUUGAUGUUACAGUGGAUGGUGUAAAUCAAGUGUUUGGUAAUAUGGUCAAGGAGAAUUGUGGUUUGAAGCAAGCCAAUGGCAAUUGGUGGCAAUACAAGAACCAGACUGUCCUUGUUGCGGGAAGCGUGAAUGAUGGGACGCGCGACAUAUUCAACGCAGAAGUCAGUGGCGUUCUGGGGCUUGCUCCCACUACCAAACUCCACACUUUCGGCGAUACUGUCUUGGGCGCUUGGCUUCAACGAAAUCUUGACGCAGAGAGUGUUUCUGUCGGGUUUGCUCUCAAACGACCAGAUAUUCUCAAUGCUACCGCGGGUGGAAAUAACUCUACUCUAACAAAUUCCACAACACCUGGUGCAGGGGAGAUGCACAUGCUUGCGCCCGAUUCUUCCUCGUACUAUGGGGAGCUUUCCACAGUUCCGAUAGUAUCAUACGCUUCUUCAGGAGGAUCAACGACCGGGAACGGUGGCGGACAACAAAUGCAAGCCGCAGGCUGGGUGACAAACUUGGAGGAAUGGACUUUUUCAAAUCCUAACGGGGAGCGAGUGAACGGUGGAAAAGGCGCUCAUGCAGCUGUCGACCCAUGGUAUAGCUCGAUUAUCAUGCCUAGAAAGGAAAGCGAGAGUAUAUUUUCCAAAAUUCCGGGAUCACGGCUCAUGUCAACCCCUAACGAUCCACAGCAGUCAUGGCAUAUCCCUUGCAGCACACACAUUAACCUAACAAUAUCUAUCGCUGGGAUAGACUUUAUUAUCGAUCCCCAGGAUUUGAUUUCACAAGCUCAGGACUUGGCCGCUGGAAACAACGUCGAAAAGAGGCAGGGCGCAAUGUGUGAAUGUGCAGUUCAAGGUUGGACGGAUCCAAGUGUCCCUGGAUAUAUGCUCGGUAACUCUUUUAUGCGGAACGCUUACAUUGUGUAUAACGUUGCUCAGCCGAAUGGCUCCCAGCAGAACAGCAUCGGUUUCGGUAGACGCUUUCCUUUCCAACACCCCUCCAGAGAGCAAUCUCAGCGUGCUCGGACUAUUGGCAUUGUUGUCGGAAGUAUAGCUGGUGUUAUUAUUAUCCUUGGUGGAGGGGCGCUCGCAUGGUUGUGGAGGCGCAGUCAACAAAAGUCACACCGUGCGCCGAGUGAAGAAUUCAUGAGUGGCAAUCCUGAGCGAUUCAACUAUGGUGGCUUCCGGACAGCCAGCAGCGGAUUCUUGGGAAGAGGUGUGCCGAUUACGCCGGGGGUCAUUUUCAACGCACGCCGCGGUUCAGACCCAGAAGCACAUCCCUUGAUGCAGACACCUCCUACAACAUCCUCUCCGCCUCGUGAUGGCGUACCACCCAAGACAUUUGCACAACAACAAGGUCCCGUAACGGUACAUGUCGAAGAUGCGGAUCGAGCCCAAGGCCUUGACAUGCCCGCUCACCAAGUAUACCUCGACCGCCUUGCCCAGCGCGCGCAGUUUCGUUGGUCUGGUUCGGGAUUCGAACAGGGCUAUGCACGGGUCAAUGACCAAGAGAUGGAUGUGCAUGCGUUUGGUGAUCAUGCAAGGGUGUACUCCGAUGAAUCAGAACAAAAUCCCAAUUCUCAGCAACGAUACGACCCACCCCCGGGGCCCGCUACGUCAUCUAGUUGGAAUCAUCCCUAUCACCCGCCGGCAUCAUCAGCAGGCAACCGUGUGUCUAUGGCAGUUGAGCCAUUAGCAAAACCAGCCGAGGUGGUGCUCAAAGAAGAGCCGAACCAGAAUAAAGAGUGA